AUGCCUACAACGUCAAACAUCCGCGGCUCACACUACACCAAAAACCGCAUCGACUUGAUAUCGCCCCGUUGUCAGGUGCCAAGGUUGCCUGCCAUCGGCUACGCAUCCAGUGGCAUUCUGGUGUCUAUAGGCCUUCUACACAUUCACCUAAUGCAACAGCUCACUCGUAUCCGCGACAGUCGCUCAUACUCGACGUUCACCGGCGCUCGUGCAUGUGCCGGGUACCUGCAGAGAUGGCGCUUCAUCAUCGUCACUGGUGGACACAGCAUCCUGUGCUCCACGACCAUAUCAUUGCCAGGGGCUGCGAGGCGUCCAAUCUUGUGCAAAAUACAACGGCUCGUCCCUUCUCUGUGGGUCCUCUAUCUUAUGUUCCGGUAG